UCAGAAGAGUGCCACUGUUUAAAUGAACGAGUGAUACUUAGUAGAGGGAAUUCUUAUACCAAUCAGGGCAACUUGAGAAGAUGGUUAAAAACUGUCGUGGGACAAUGAUGAAGAAAAUACAUGUAUACAACAAAAUUAGAAAAUUGGGAUAUGUUUCCAGAAAAAGCCAGUAUAAACAACAAAAAGAUAAACAACUAGGAUGUAGAUUUAAGGAAGUAAUUAGAAAAAUUGCGAGACUUCUUCCACAAACAUGUCUGAAGGCGUUUCCGGAAUAUGAUUUUCGUUAUCUUUUAAGCAAUGUGAAAGAGGAUGCCCUUCUGGUUCUGACACAGUGGAUAAAAUAUAUAAAGGACCUUCAAAGUGAACGGACAAGAAUGCUGACUUUGGAAAAGAAAUACUUAAAAAUCGAAAUGAUACAUAAGAAAAUUAGCCAGAGAAUGCAGGUGUUAGAAAACAAGAUUAAUCGCAAGCUAAAAGAUGUUUAAUCAAAGAAUGAUAUAUAGUGUAUUUAACUCAUAAUAUUAUAGCGGAAGAGGAGUGUGCAGUCUUGGAAUGGUCGAAAAAAGAAAUGAAAUUUCGAUAUUUGAAUACCGUAUUGAACUCCAAGCGGUAUAAAAAUUGAUGGCAGGAUUUUUUUCACUAGAAAACGCUAAAAGGAUUGAUUUGAGUUGUCAGAAUAUCUUACACUGGACUAUGAGUUGUAUUAUAUGUUUAUUUCUAUAAAAUCGUAUUAAGUAUUUAAUAUGCAUUUUGAUUGCUAGUCUGAUAUGUAAAAGGUUUUCAGAAAGAUCUAACACAUAGGGUAAUGUGACGUCACAUGUAUUGCAUUUAGUGUAUAUUGGUUGUUUUUAAUACAAAGUUUAAAGAUUAUAAAUGUAGUCAUGUACAUCGUACAGAAAAUUUGGUCAAAAUAA